UAAAGAAUCCCAUUAAUCGUACUUCUAAACUUUCAAGUGGAGUUGUAAAACAAACUCCCCAAGCGAGUCUAUCGUGCACAAGUCAGAGAAGUUUAAUUUCUCGGGUUAUGAGUUUAAAGCAGCAGAUGACUCCGAGUGUUAAGGAAAAAAUAUGCCAUGAUAUUAUUAAAAAGCAACAAAAAGAGGAGGAAGUAUUGUUGAAGAAGAGCAAUUUACUUAAGAUGAAAAUUGAAGAACAAAAGAGAAAGAGGGAGGAAAGAAUGAGAAAAGUCACAGAAACACGACAAAAACUAGAGCUGGAGAAAGAUCAAAAGAGGAAUGUCGAAAUUUCAAAAGAAGAGAAGUCUGCAAAGAAAGAAGCAGAAUUAAAACAAAAACAAAGAGAAACAAUUAAGAAAAAACAAUUAAUCAGAAAACAAAAGCAAGAAGAAGUUAAAGAAAGAAAAAAAAAAGAAGAAAAUCGACUGCAAAAACUUAAAGAACAGACACCAACCAAAUCUACCCUUUUACAAAAAGCAAUACAUAACAGUUAUCAGACAAAAGAAGUAGAAGAGAAAGCAGAUAAUGAGCAGUUGUCUGAGCAGGAUACUUGUACUGUUUUAAAUGAAACAUACAAUAAAAAUGAAAAGGAUCCAGAAAGGUAAUUACAUUUAUGUAAGAACUCUCUGUUUAACAUAAUUCUGCUUUGUCAUUUCAUUACAAAUUUGUUAAUGAUUGGAAGUUUCCCUAUCUAAUAUAUUAUGCCAACUUGAAUAAUGGAGGUUAUGUUUAAAAAAUAUUCCAAAGAAUAAUCAAUCAAUAUAUAUUAUAAAGGUAAGUGUACAAUGUGCGUACUGCUAAAACUGAAAAAUGAGUCCCGGUACAAUCAAGGGAGUUAUAUGGUGUGGUAGCCCUCUAUCCCCCAUACAUGAAGAAGGUUCCUGUUUUUACCUGAAGGGCGUGCUGUUGAAGAUAUAAGGGCUGGAAGUUAAGGCUUACCCUGAAGAACUUGGCUUCUAUUGUACUAUUUUUAGAUGUGAUUUUUUGCGUUUUUGACUGCGUUUUAGUAGGGUACCACGGGGGAUGAAAGAAGUGCAUUCCUUAAUAGUGGAAGUGUUAAGAGAAAGUGGUGUGCAAGAUUUAUAGGCGCAGAUG